AUGAAGAGGUUUUUGGAUGUCGUCGAGACCGAUUCGUUCGAUCCAAGCUCAUGGUCGACUUUCCUGAGAACGGACGCCGGCCAAGGACAUCAAAACCUCGACCCCGGAUCACGAGAUCGUGCCGACGAAAAUGCCUCUCAACUUCUCGAGGAGCUCCGCGACGACUCUCCGGAGGACCUGGGAUUGUCUAUGAACCACAUGGAAGAUGCAAAUCACCGACACACUGCCCGGCAUACGAUGGAUCUUCGGGUUUUCCCCUGGUACAAGGAGCUGUUCUAUCUCGCGAUGGAAUAUGUGGUUGUCGUCGCUCACACGAUAGGACUGGGACAAGACUUUUAUUUUGAGGGCGUCAAGUACAGCCCGUGGGGUUGA